AUGUUGUCUGCUUUAUCGAACCACUUGCGUUAUCAUCGUGUAAUCCUUGCGUCACAAAGCCCUCGUCGACUUGAACUUCUUCGUGAUUGCGGGCUCAGCCUUGAGGUGAUCCCGUCUUCUUUUGAGGAAAAUUUGUCCAAGGAACAAUUUCCAACGCCUGAUCUCUAUGUGAUUGAGAAUGCAAAGCAAAAGGCACUAGAGGUGCUGCAUCGUGUGUCUAGUGACGAGAAAGCACAUUCCGAGCUUUCUACAGUAAUUAUCGGAUGCGACACUGUCGUGGUACAGGACGGGGUCAUUUUGGAGAAACCAAAAGACAAGGAGGACGCUUUCAAUAUGUUGACAAAACUUUCAGAUCGCCCCCACGAGGUUUUCUCGGGUGUGGCGAUAUUUACUACUGAGAGGGGUAUCGACAACCCGCACUUGUUUUUUGAGAAAACCAGUCUGCUGUUUGGCCCCUUGGAACCGGAAGACAUCCAUUUUUACAUUGCCACGGGGGAGCCGAUGGAUAAAGCAGGAGCUUAUGGGCUUCAGGGUCGAGCGCGGUGUUUUGUGAAGGAGGUCCACGGCUGCAGCAACAACGUUAUUGGCUUCCCGGUGCAACGGUUUUGCCAGGAACUCAAAUCGCUUGCGUCUCGCAACGAGAUUUAG